UCUAGUUCGGCUUUUAGUGGCGUUUUAGCCAGCUUCGUUGACGGACGUGUGAAUGCAAUAAGCGACGCGAUAUUGUAACAAAUAUUCGAAAUCUCAGCUUGAACUGCGAAUAUCGUUAAUACCGAAACGGAAUCAACGCGAUCCAACGUGCGCUAGCUUUGUGGCAGCUAACGUAACAGAGACUUACGGGUUCGUACGAUUUUCACACAUACACGCACACACACGCUGGAGCUGUAAACGAGUGCAGCAGCGUUGAGUGAAAACGCGUUGGGCGCACGUAGUGGGUUUUAGUAAGCUAAGCGAGUGUUGUUGAUUCGAAUCGAGCGUUUUGCUGACAAGACAGUGAGUUCAACAAGACCGCGCCGGCGUAACACAUCGAGGCGUCGUGCGGUAGUUGCACAAGUUUUGAACUGCUGUUUUGUUUUUGUAUCAAUAGUGUCACCUGGCAAAUUGCAAUAAACGAAAAGUGAGUGAUUUUGAAAACGAAAAAAAAAGAAAAUCAAAAUUUGCGUUGCAUCCACAUUUGUAGGUGUAGGUAUGUGCGCGCACAUGUCCAAACACAGCAGCGGAAACGUUUUAGACGCGUUAAUCGAUAUACAAAAAUUAUAAAAACUCUGAAUACGCAAAAGAAAAAGAAGAAAAUAUUCGAAAAUAACUUUAGCGCACUCGCUUUGGAUUUUUGUGCAUUUUCGUAUUUUCCAGCUUUCAUAGUUUUUAAUUGCGAAAUUCCCAAAGGCGUAAAGCAGCGUAAAAGAAAAUCACAAGAAAACGCGCAAAAAGUUUGAAAAAUUACAAAAUUUUUUUUCUUUUCCACCAAACAAAACACACGGAAGAUAGAUAUUAAAAGUGUUGCAAUCAAAUAAAAAUAUAAGAACACAAAAACAACAAAUCAAUGAAAUUAAAAAGUCUUAAAAUGUGGCUGAACUGCUGGAUGCUCUUUGCAGCUUUGGCGGUAUCACUUUUAGCUGUCGUGGAAGGUUCUUGGGGUUCGCCAGGUGAUGGACAAUAUCACAUACAGACAGAUGAAGGACCGGAGCGUUAUUUUCGGUUUCAAACAGAUAAUGGGCAGUUUCGCAAGGAGAGGCGUCUUCAAGAUGGCACCGUUGUGGGUACCGAAGCUUGGAUAGACGCUGCGGGCUUUUUGCGACAAAAGGACUAUAUUGCCGAUAAAAAUGGUUAUCGCAUAUUAAAGUCAAAAACUGUGUUUGUGGGCUACGACAGGCACAUUGAGGACGCCAUCAAAUCCACAAAAUCAGUGCCCGCUCAGACCGGCGUUUUGGUUAAUGGCCGCAAUGGGCUGCAUGAGGCGCCUAAGACCGCAUAUCCAAUAACAACAACAACAACAACAACGACAACAACAACACCCAUACCACCAGUCUUCAACCAGCCCAUCGUGGCACACGAUCCCGCUUCAGAAGCCUACGAUGGCAAGCUAAAUUAUCUUUCACCAGCUGAGGCAGCCAAUAUAGAGCCAACAGGCAAAUUAGGUUUCGAUCAUUAUCCAGAUGAGCUACCACGUCUGCUGCAUCGACAACGCGAACGCAUACAAAAACCCAUAGCACGUAUACAUCCUAUAGCGGCCGCUUACGAUACGCCAGCAAGUAAUUCACUUGCGGAUUAUAAUCAGCGAGAUAAUAGCGUGGCGCCACAACUACCCGCGCUGGAUAUGCAACCACCAUUGCUGAGCAGAGGUGCUGCACGUCAGCGCUUGCGACCCAUCGCCGUUUAUGAUACGCCACCAGCGCCUAUUGCGGCUGCUGCGCCGACCAGUCCAGGCUAUGCCUACUCAACACCCGCACCAUUUGUGCCAGCCACUGCGGGCGAUACACAGGGUUAUUAUUACAAACCCGCGACAACGACGGCCACACACACAGAUUCGGCGAAUGCGCACCCCCUAGAGAUUAACCAACUUGAAGAUGGUUUGCUGCCACCAAUAGCACCGCCAGCGCACCGCAGACAACGACCGAAUAGUUUGGGCGAAAUUGCGCCGCCAUAUGAUGGUGUCGGCACAACAGCGAACGGCUUCCGCUACGUGCUGCCACAUCAAUAUCACGAGGAGGAACAGUUUGAGGGUGAGAAACGCGCCGGUAGCUUUGGUUAUGUGGAUCCGUUUGGCAUACGACGUGUUGUAUACUAUAACGCAUCACCCGGGCGUGGUUUUGUACAUCGGAAUAACAAUCGGUAUGUGGGUCUUGGCGCGACACCCUACGAUGCGGCUGUUUAACAGUGGUAGUGGAGGCGAGAAGGGGAUGCAUGUAAUAUAAACAAUGUCGUGCAUAUGCUAAGGGCUCUCGCUAUAAGUGGCGAGGAAGUUCUCGAUGUGUGACAAAGAGGCGCCUAACCAGCUUCAACACGGCGGUAUCUUGCAGAAGUAGAAUUAAACUAACCCAAAGCAACAAAUCAACUAGCCAAAGAAUGGAUAGUGGUGUGAGAAGGAGUCUUGUGGGAAGCCGUGUGGAGCUACAAUAUAUAUAUUUAUAUAAUUCAUUAAUAUAAUAAAGAAAUGCCGCAAAUAGCAGAAGAAAGUAUGGCGCGUGGAGUUGAGAGCGGUAGCCGCUGGCUGGAGCCUGUGUUUUUGCAUGUGUCUGACAAUGUUUAUAUUUUGUAUGAAUUUAUAGGCAUACAAGUGCUUGUAUGUAUAUGCGUAUGUGUCUGUGUUAGUUUCAUUUGUUAAAAAAAAAAAAUAUUAUUUAUAAUAAUAAUAAUUUAAACGUCUCAUCUAACGUUGCGCAUCGGCUCUAAGCCGUAUCACGUGGAAUGACGUCGAACGAACGAGCUUAUUUAGUUUAGUGAAAAUCACAUUCAUGUAUUAAUCUUGCCAUAUUAACAACAAAAAAAAAAUAUUUAAAAAUAAUAUAACUAAUAUAUUUAAUUGAAGAAAAAAAAUACAU